AUGGACUUUAUGAUGAAUGCCCUUAGAGGAUGGGUGUCUAGCGACCUCGAUGACUUGGUCCAUCACAUUGAUUCACCAUUCACUGCGUCCGUCACUUCGUUCCCCUUUCCACCAAAGUUUCAUAUGCCACAGGUGGAAAGCUACGAUGGAUCUAAGGACCCCCUAGACCACUUGGAGUCUUUCAAGACCCUGAUGCAUCCUCAAGGGGUGGCAGACGAGAUAAUGUGCAGAGCCUUCCCCACCACGCUGAAGGGACCUACAAGGAUUUGGUUCAGUAGGUUGACACCUAACUUCAUUCGUAUCUUCAAGGAGUUAACUGCCCAGUUUGCCUCACAUUUCAUCGAGGGACACAAGUAUAAGAAGUCCAUUGCAUGCCUGAUGAACAUUAGGCAGCGGGAGGAUGAGAUGCUGAGAUCUUACAUUACCCGCUAUAACAAGGAGGCCCUCUUGAUCGACAAAGUUAAAAACAAGAUACUCAUGACUACAUUCACAAAUAGGCUACGGAAGGGUAAGUUCAUAUUUUCUCUGUAUAAGAAUGACCUAAAGACUAUGUCAGAUGUGCUUUACAGGGCGACCAAGUACAUGAAAACGGAAGAUGCAUUAUUGGCCCGAGAAGAGAAGCCCAAGAAAAGGGAAAGACAGAAAGAUGACGAAGGAACCCUAACAUUUCCUGGCAAGCUGAAGGAAGAUCCUAAUAAGAGGUCUAAAGACAAGUACUACCGCUUCCACCGUGAUUACAAUCGUAACACAGCCGACUGCUACGACUUGAAGUAA